AUGUCGUUCUUCCGAAAACAUGUCCGAGGACUUUUGAAGCAGACCUUCAACAAGAACGGAUCGACCGAAUCAGAUUCUGCUCAUUCAGACGACUUCGAAGAAGACCAACAACAAGACAACAGCAACUCCUCUGACUCUACGUUAAUAUACGAACGGAUAAUGAAUGGCAGAAACGGUCGAAAGAUGGUUUUACCGGAGAUUUACUCUGGCAAAACUGGGCUUGACUUACCUGUUAUAUUCUUGGACAAGUUCGACAGGGCGCUGAGGGCUUCGUAUACUGGGCCUGAUGGUGGAUUAACUCAUGUAAGUUACUGGAAAACAUUAAUGGAUUACAUAUUUUACACAAAAUUUAAAACAAAAUUAAAUUGAAAAUAUCGACCUUUCCAAUAUAUUGUUUUAGGCUCAAGUCUCAAAUAUAUUGUUAUAGGUUCAAAUUUCAAAUAUUGCUUUAGGUUCAACAAGUCAAGCAGAAACCCAUAGCCAAGUUAGCCAACCUGGACGACGAACUGAGCCUCUCCAGCUGCUCUGAUGAAGAAGAUGAAGAGAUAUUGCUUACAGACUGUCCAAUAACAGCGUUCGACUCGUCCAGACUGGCAUCGAUGAAGGGCGGAUCUCUAGAAUCUCUAGGAUUCUGCUCCGACGAUCUGAUUCCAGGCUCGUCGAUGGAUCGGAUUCUGUGGGACGAAUUCUGUGAGGAUCGUGCCUGCGGGAAGAGUUGUUCAUUAUACGAGAGGAAUCCGAUUAGUGGCAUUCAGGCUGGAACACCUAUCGCUGAUGUUUUUGGAGUUUUGGCGAGGAGGAACAAUGCCAUUUUGGCAUUGGCUGAUGGCGUGAAUUGGGGUGAAGGUAAGGUUAAAAACUAGAAUAAAUAAGUUAGAAAACAGCUGAAUGUUUUGAAAAACCUUAUUUUUAGGUAUUACUUUGUCUUAAAAGCCUUUUUCCUGCUCUAAAACUGUAAUUUCAGAGCAAAAGGACAUGUUUUACAUUUGUUAAUGCAGUUUUAGUGCAAAAAGUAACGUUCAAAGACAAAAGAAUUGACGUUCAUACAUAAAAGGGGCUUUAUUCUAGAAGUUUAGGCAUUUCCAGACAGCUGUCAUUCAUUUCAAGUAAAACCAAUUGAAAAUCAAAAAAUGUCAAAACGAACUUGUUGGUCUUCUAAAGUUAUAUAAUGCUGAAAGGACAACAAAAAAUUACUUUUUUAAACUUUUAGAUUAAAACUAGAGAAACACUUGACCAAAAAGUAAGGCAGACUCGACACGCAUCAGCUUUUUGUAUAGGGGUGAGAAAAGGGCCGGGCCGGGCCCACUUUUAAGGCCCAGGCCCGGGGCCCAACGUUUAGGAACGGCCCGUUUUCAAUUUUCUCUCAGGCCGGCCCGGCCCGGUCAGAAAAUUUCUAGGCCCGGCCCGGCCCGUUUUAAAAAAUUUUAAAAAUUUUAAAACUUAAAAAAUAAACGGAAAUUUGGCUUUGCAUUGUUCUUUUAGAUCAUUUAUGUUUCAUGGUACCCAAUAAAAUCAAAAAACAUCAACGGGGAUUAAAAUACAAAAUGUUUAAAAAUUAAAAAAUUUUUUUUUCGGGCCCGGGCCUAGACGGCCCGUUUCUCACCCCUAUUUUUGUAGACAUGAGAAACGGGGCGGGCCCGGCCCGAUCGAAAUUUUGCUCAGGCCCGGCCCGAUGGCAGGCCCGGGCCGGCCCGGCCCGUUUCUCAUGUCUAGCUUUUUGGCGAAAUUAUUUGCCGUUUCUAGAAAGUUGUAAAAAAUUGAAAUACAGAAGAAUAUUACCUAGGAUAGUAUAUUUUUUUGACAUUAUCUAUCUUCUUCAUUUUCAGGAGCUCGACUAGCCGCUCGCUGCGCUAUUCGUGGAGCAUUUGAUCACCUAAACCAAGCGAUUGAGGAUGGUACUCUUCGGACAACGACAGACGUCUUCCAUAGUCUUCUUGGAGCCUUCCAUUCAGCUCACGCUCUAAUUCUACAAGAAGGAGGAGCACUAACAACUCUGUGCGUGGCUCUAGUGGCACCAGUUCGAAACUCUGACAGUUAUGUUUUGUGUGUUUGUAACGUCGGAGAUUCACUGUGCUUUGUUCACAAUGAACAUGGUGUUCGUGAGGUCACACUGGCUUCACAUGAGGUUGAACAUCGUAAUAUGAGGGAUGCUGGUGGUGCACUUGGGCCAGUGGAUGGAAGGAAUCCACAGCUUCACAAUUUAACUUGUAGCAUGACUUUUGUUGAAGAAAGUAGGUUGUUUUACAUGAUUUAGUUAUUUAAACGUUUCCAUAUUGACAUUUAAACAUCAGAAUUGGUCAAAAAGUGUUUUACACCUACCAUAACCUCAUAUUUUAGACGAUUUGGUGUUCAUAACAUCAGAUGGAAUUAGCGACAACUUUGACCCAGUGGUUGGAAAAUUCUGCAUAAUUAAAAAGACGGAAAUCGAGAAAGAGAAUGACAUGUAUGAAAUCCCUGAGCUGAAGCCAGUCCAUAAAACCAAGUCCAACGGAGUACCAGCAAACAAGAAACGGUGCUUAUCAGUACUACCUUCGGUAGACGCGGCAGAACGUCAGGAGUUGAUGCUGUUGAGAAUGGCUGAUGUCAUAACUAAUGGCAUUAACAAUUUGAAAGAAGCUUUUGGAGGUAUUGAAGAAGUUGAGGUCGAGAACAAGGCUACAGCUUCCAGUUUAUGUCACAAUCUGGUCGACUUUGCUUUUCAUUUAUCGUCAGCAAAGAGAAAGACUUUAGAAGAUCCUGAAUUAUAUCGCAGUAGGACUCAUUCAAAGACGGAAGAGAGGUUGAGGAGGAAGAUGAUAAGGAAUAUGAUAAUGGAAAUGCCUGGAAAGCUGGAUCAUGCAUCUGUUGUCGCAUACAAAGUUGGCUUCUGGGAACAUCAGACGAGGAAACAGAAGGUUCCACAUCAUGAGGUUAAGGAAGGUAGGGCUUUUUGGUUUUAAUGAUUAUUUUUGGCUUUUCAAUCAAAAAAAAUAUUACUAUAGGCGUGAAAAAUAUCUUUAAACACCUUUAUCAAUCAAACAUAUGAACAAAUAAUUGUCAAGAACAAACUUAAUAUAAGCUACUUUAAAGUCUUUGUCAAAAAAAUAUUUAAACCUCAAACUUUCAGCAUCAAACCACGCCGCCAGACCAGCCCAGCCGCCUCCACCACCUCCAGAACAGAACUCGACCAAUUCUCAAAUAAACUGCCUAGUUCGAAUUAACAAACCUAUAACAAAUGUAAACUCAACUAAAGUGAUUGUACAGAAGAAACAAACUGCCGAAAGUGAACUCGUCUUGCAUCUCGACAUACCUCCCGAGCUUCGGAACGAAGACUGCCCGAUUCAGAGAACUCGUGGGAAAUCACCGUACGAAGAGAUUCCAAUCGAAAAGGAUGAUAACAGUCCUAAAAUGAGGGAUAAUCAGGGAGUGGGUUUGGACUUUUGAAUUUUGAACAUAGAUUUUGAAUGGUUUAUAUUUACAUUUUAAGUUGGUUUUAAAAAGUUUAAAAAAUAUUGCAGUACGUUCGAUCCUACCCAGUUUUAAACUAAUAACACAUAUUAGAAUGAUUGAUACAUCAUUAUAUCGUAUUUUACUAUUUCAGCGUCGAAAACACGGUCGAGGAUCGACGUUGAGGCAUACGUUGGGAGUUGAUGUCUCGUGGCUGAAGAAGCUUGUCAUCAACAAGCACUUUUCUUCCAGUGGUCGAGAAACCGACCGUACUCAGCCAUCUGGAUCUCAGCAUUUCGAGAAUGUUGAGCUUGAUACUCCAACUGAACCCACGACUCAUAAAUUGUAAGUUUAUAUUACAAUGUGAAAGAACUGAAAAUGUAAAAUACAUGUUUUAUUAGGUUCUUUUGGACUGCUUACUGUGGUUUUUUAAAGCAGUACUGUAACAUUGAAAGGUCUUUGUACAUAAAAUUGAAUUCUAUAACUAAGGUAUAACGGUGGGUUCUUUCAGAGCCCCCCUCCGAAAAACAACUCUCCAUCCCACCAACUCUACCCCUCCCCGAAACGCCUUCACCAUAGCGUUUCGCAAGGCGUAUCCGCCCCCAUCUCUCGCCUCCACCCCACCCAAAGCCAAGGAACUUCCAAUUUUUCAUUAA